AUGCUGCAGCUAGCUGCAGCAGCAGCAACAGCAGCACCAACAGCUGCAGCAGCAAUAGCUGCAGCAGCAACAGCUGCAGCUGCAGCAGCAGCUGCAGCAGCAACCGCUCCAGAACCAACAGCUGCAGCAGCAAGAACUGCAGCAGCAACAGAUGCAGCACAGACGGCUGCAGCAGGGAUAGCUGCAGCAGCAACAGCUGCAACAGCAGCUGCAGCAAAAGCUGCAGCAGAAACAACAGCAGUAGCAGCAACAGCUGCAACAACAGCUUUGAAACAGAAGCUGGAUAAAGAGCAACUGCUGCAGCAGCAACUGCUGCAGCAAAAGAGUUUAAUUAAAGCUGCAGCAGCAACUGCUGCAGCAAAAGAGUUUAAUUAA